CUUCCGUGUGUAAGGAAAUAAGCCAGAGCGCCAGUUUUUUUCGGCCGGUGUGCGUCUGUUACAACUUACCAGAGACGGUCGAGAUUCGGAUCUCACAGAAACGCCACUUUCGUAAGGCCAGACCGAGCCUAACGUUUGGUCUUGAGGCAAAACAAAAUGGGCAUCUUGGACAGGAUACGGAAGGAAUGGUUUAUCAUUGGAAUAGUACUGGUUAUUGCUUUAGCAAAAUUGGAGCCUGCCACGGGAGUGAAAGGAGGACCUUUGAAGCCAGAGAUAACAAUCACAUAUAUUGCAGUUUCUACCAUAUUUUUUAACAGUGGACUCUCAUUAAAAACUGAGGAGCUUACAAGUGCUUUGAUGCAUGUGAAGCUUCAUCUGUUUGUCCAGACCUUCACACUCGUGUUUUUCCCUGCAGCAAUAUGGCUUUUCUUGAAAAUCUUAUCAUUAACCACCAUCAAUGAAUGGCUGCUUAAAGGGUUGCAGACAGUUGGGUGCAUGCCUCCUCCUGUGUCCUCUGCAGUCAUUCUGACCAAAGCAGUUGGUGGAAAUGAGCUUGGUUAUCUUCUCAUAUACUGGUGAGGAUUAAUUGGAUACAAUUACUUUCAA